AUGGCGGACGCAAUACUAAGAAGGGAGAUUAAGCGCCUAGUAGAGGAGCAGAAGGUGCUUAAUCAGCGACUGCAGCGUAAGCCUCCUGCAGCAGCAGGAGCAUCAGGAGGAGCAGCAGCAGCAAAUAAACAGCAAGGAGAUAAUGCUACAGAUGCAGCAGCAGCAGGAGGACCAGGGCAACAGAAACGUACAGGCCCUGGAGGUAUUCAAUAUGACUUUGCUGGUCCAGAGUUCCAAAUCGUUAAACGG